AUGCAAGGUCAAGAUGAGCUUAUGGGUUUUUUUGGAGAUGUGAUGGUAUUUGAUACGAUGUUCAACACGAACCGCUAUGGGAUGGUCUUUGCGCCUUUGUUAGGCAUUAAUAACCGUUGGCAGACAGUGUUGUUUGGUUGUGCAUUCCUAACUAGUGAAACCACAGAUUCAUUUGUAUGGUUGUUAGAGGAAUUCAAGAAAGCCAUGCCGGGUGAGCCACCCAAAAUGAUCAUUGCUGAUCAAGAUGCAGCCAUGUCAAAGGCAAUUGCUGUAACUCUCCCGACAACAUUCCAUAGAUAUUGCAUAUGGCAUAUAUUGAAUAAGAUUACAGAGAAACUCGGCAUUGGAGAAUGUUUUUCGGAAAUGUGCAAAUGCAUAUGGGGUAUGGACAAGAAAGAAGAAUUUGAUGCGAAAUGGGAGGAAAUCAUCACAAACAAUGGGCUGCAAGACCAUGCGUGGCUGAGCUCAAUUCAUGCUAUGCGGGAGAAUUGGGUUCCAUCAUAUGUAAAACAUGUGUUUUCGGCUGGGAUGUCAAGUAGUCAACAGGCCGAAAGCUGUCAUUCAUUUUUGAAACAAUAUAUUAACCAGAAAAACACAUUGAUGGAAUUCAUUGUACAUUUUGAAAGAGCUCUUGGUUCAUAG